AUGUCCCUGCCCAAGCGCAUCAUCAAGGAAACGGAGCGCCUCAUCGCCGACCCGGCACCGGGCAUCAGCGCCACGCCCCACGAGGACAACCUGCGCUACUUUGACGUCGUCAUCUCGGGUCCCUCCCAAAGUCCCUUUGAAGGUGGCGUCUUCCGGCUCGAGCUCUUCCUGCCCGAAGAGUACCCCAUGUCGGCGCCCAAGGUCCGCUUCCUCACAAAAAUCUACCACCCAAACAUUGACAAGCUCGGGAGGAUCUGCCUCGACAUUCUCAAGGACAAGUGGUCGCCAGCUCUCCAGAUCCGCACCGUCCUCCUCUCGAUCCAGGCUCUCCUCUCGGCGCCCAACCCCGACGACCCGUUGGCAAACGACGUCGCCGAGCACUACAAGACCGAUGAAAAGGGCGCCAUCGAGGUCAGCAGGCAAUGGACCGCCCAGUACGCAAAGUGA